GCUUCACUUUACGACAGUGCCUAGGUUGAGAGUGGAAACGGCCUCGAGCGACUGGCUGUAUGUGGGUGCCGCGAGUGGCCGGCUUCUCCGUCUCGGAUGUCUGAUGUACCGCCCGGGCCUAGCGUGCUUUCCCCAGCCCCCACUGACAUCUCGCCCCUCUCCGCUACUCUCAACCACUCGGGAGUCUACGGCAAAGUCCCGGGGCCGCAGCCAGGAGGGGGCGGCGAGCAGGAGCAGGAGGAGGAGGAAGCGGCUGCUCUGGACGGGGCUGACCAGGAACGUAGCGGGGAAGGCGGGCCACGUUCGGCGAACAGCGUCGGAAACUACCCGGAGCCCAACCGAGCCAAGAAGGGCGUCCUGCACCUUCACCACCAUCAUCACCACCACCACCACCAGCAACAGCAGCAGCGGCUGCUCAACGGCUGUGUUAUAAGCCCCGAGCUCCACUACAAGGCGGAGUGCAAAGGCCGCCUGUCCUGCGCCGAGGCCGCAACCGCCGUCGAGUUUCAUCCCGGACUAUCACUGCCCGAAGGAGGCAGGAGGAAAGCCGACGGCAAUUAUUGUGAGAGUCCCAACGUGAAUCAUGCGAACCAAAGGACUGCCGAGGCGGCCGGCCCUAAUGCACUCAACCCCAGUGAUGGACUCGAUCGGAUUGCUAUCAGCCCAGAUGACGAUGAGCAGUACCGCCUGGCCGCCUCGAUAGCUGAUUGUAGUUUGCACCCGGAACAACAGCCCGACAGUAUACGAUAUGUUGGCUAUGAGUCAGAGUUGCAAAUGCCAGAUAUAAUGAGGUUGAUCACGAAAGAUUUGUCUGAACCUUAUUCCAUAUAUACAUAUAGAUAUUUUAUUCACAACUGGCCACAGCUUUGUUUUCUGGCUAUGGUUGGAGAUGAGUGUGUGGGUGCCAUUGUCUGCAAAUUGGACAUGCACAAGAAGAUGUUCAGGAGAGGGUAUAUAGCGAUGUUAGCAGUGGAUUCCAAGUACAGAAGAAAAUCCAUUGGCACAAAUCUAGUGAAGAAAGCAAUUUAUGCCAUGGUAGAAGGCGACUGUGAUGAGGUUGUCCUGGAAACUGAGAUUACAAACAAAUCUGCCCUGAAACUAUAUGAAAAUCUUGGAUUUGUGAGAGACAAAAGGCUGUUCAGAUAUUACUUAAAUGGAGUUGAUGCACUGCGUCUUAAACUGUGGCUACGUUAGAGAACUACGAAGAACAAGUUCAAAAUGAGUCCUUUUAGCACGCACUGCAAUUUUAAAGAAUUGCUUUGCAACAGGACUCUUGAUUUCCAUGCAGCUCUUAUCUGUCUGUGUCUCAUUGAGUGUCACAUACAUUUGUUGCACUAUGGCAUGGCGCAGUUGUGCUAAAUAAAAAAGGAAUUUUUUCUUUAAAAAUUGUCAAAAUAUUCAUGGAUGAAUUGUGGUACAAGAAAGAGAAACAGUUGUCCUGAGAUGCAUCGUUUCAGUGAAGUGAGGAAAGAAACAAAAUUGCAUGUCAUUUGCAGUAGACAACAUCUCAAAUGACUUAUUGGGGGAAAAUGUUUUGUGGCUUCCAGAAAGCUUGUAUGUUGAGAUUUCUUCAUGCACUGCAACAACGUUUCAAACAGAAAUUUGCCAGAUUAAAUACUGAACUCCUCAAAGA